AUGUCGUUAUUCCACUCUCCAGUCAAGACAACGAAUACAAGUACCAGCAACGAGAGCACUCAGGAUGCCACCACGAGCGACAGCCAACCAAGUAUCUCUCCAUCGCUCACCACCCACGUUAAUUCGGGUUCAUUACCGAGCACUUCGUCAAACACGAUUUUUGACUACGUAGAGGUUACAAAUACGGCAACCGGCUUUGGCCAGCAACCCAACGGUACGGCAAACGCCUUUCAAGAUGGCUUUCGCCAGCCACCUGGCACCAUAGCAGGAGGCUUUGACUUCAGUGGAGUGAGCCAGCGAUCAAAUUUUCCAACUUCAACUUCGUACUUCUGGCCCUCAAGCACCACUAGCACCAUUACCAACUACACUGGUGCCACCAACAAAAACAGGCACUCAGACGGCCAGCGACGAGCGCCUAAUGCCGACCAAAUCCUGGAAUCGAUCGACCAGAAGAUUGACAGCAAAAUGGAUGAAUUUAAAAGGUACAUGGAGGAAUGCUUCGCCUCGUGGUCGCAGAAGCAACCCACGGAUCACGUCAUUGAAAACAAGGCUGUAAUGACAACGACCUUGACCUUCGCAAGCUCGUCACUGGCAACGACAACAACUGCUAGCACUACCUGCUAUAGUUCUUCCAGCUGGACGCCCAACGUCUUCGGCAACAUUCCCUCAACUGGUCACACCUUUCAGCCGGACCUGCCUUUUGCUUCACAUAGCAAUUCAGGAGCAGACUUCCAACAACGAAAUCAGUUUCAAGGAAACUCCAUGCUUGGACAGCCACACUGCCUUCCAACGGCACCAAGCACCAAACAUCUACAAUUCUGGAACUUCCACAAACACGAUCCUCAAGGAUGGUUCAAGCAAUUGGAAGAUCUGUUCUUGACUCACAACGUCCAUGACGAAGAAGCCAAAUUCAACUUCGUCGGCACACGCUUGAGUCAAGACAUUCAUCACGAGCUCCAGUACAAGAUGAACACUCUUGUUAGAGGCUGCAAAUAUGAGGAAUUAAAAAAAAUUCUCACGGAUAAAUAUGCUAAGACUCCGGAGCAACAAUUAGACAGGCUUUUCAAAUGUCUGGAAAUUGGUUGUAAGCGACCAUCAGACUUCCUCGCUGAACUGCUCAGCCUAGCGCAGGACCGAGUGCCCAGAGAUACAGUAAUUUCGCUCUGGAAAAGCCAUCUUCCAGCACAAAUACGACUGAUGGUUUGGAACUACAAAGAAGAAGCAGAACUUGUCAAAAGCGCAGAUAUGGCCUUCGACAUCCUUCAACAGUCACACAACAUCAGUGCUUUGAGGGACAAUAACCAGCCUGCCGCCUACCGGGUCGACAAGUUCGAACAAUUAUUAGCUGCACUUCAGAAGACAAUCAAUCCUGAACAGCAAGGUCGUUCUAGGCCAAACAAGCGUCACAACAGGUCUCGUACUAAUUCAAAGAAUAGACGCGAUUCGACCUCGGGCAGAUCAAAAUCCAAGCCGCGCUAUUCCAACAACACAAACUUUUGCACCUUCCAUCGGAAAUUUGGCAAGGAAGCGCGAAAACUAAAGAAUCCUGCUGUCGAGGAGACUGACAGCCGGUCCAACCUCACCGCACGUCUCCACGUGAGAGACAAUCUCUCAAAUGAAGUCUUCCUGAUAGACACCGGCGCGGACAUUUCCGUAGUCCCCAAGCCAGACAAUUGGCAUGGAAAGCCAGCUGACCUCAAGCUCUAUGCGGUCAAUGGCUCUACUAUCAACAUUUAUGGCGUCAAACGUCGCGAAUUGGACGUUGGCCUACCAUACAAAAUCGCUUGGAACUUCACCAUAGCGGAUGUUCCGCAUUCAAUCAUAGGAGCCGAUUUCCUGAAGCAUUACCAUCUUCUGCCAGAUCUCAAGCUCAAGAGACUGGUCAUCAUCUCAAGAGACAAAGGAAAUCAGUUUACGCACGCUCCCGCUUUCGUCAAGUCAGUGCAGCCAGUGCAAAUUUCCUUUUUGGCUCCGAACCAUAAAUACGCACACAUCGUGAACAAAUAUCCCCAAGUCUUUGGCCCUGACCAGUUCAGAACGGUCAAGAAAAGGGGAGUUUUUUACCACAUUGUCACCAAGGGCCAGCCAGUCUCGCAGCGAGCCCGUCCUCUCGCUCCAGCGAAGCUCAAGGCAGCGAAGAAGGAAUUUCGGAAAUGGUGCGAGCUGGGCAUCUGCCGGCCUUCCAACAGUGCAUGGGCCAGUCCACUUCACAUAGCGCUGAAGAAAAACAACCAAUGGCGUCCUUGCGGCGACUUUCGCAAAUUAAAUCUAAUCACAGUCCCGGAUCGUUAUCCGAUUCCGCACAUGCAUGAUUGCAUGACCUUCUGCCACGGCAAGAAGAUUUUCUCGGCCCUAGACCUACGCCAAGCCUACCACCAAAUCCCGGUAGCACCAGAAGAUGUGCCCAAGACAGCAAUAAUUACACCUUUUGGACUUUAUGAAUUCCUAGUUAUGACUUUUGGCUUUCGAAAUGCCUCACAAACCUUCCAGCGUUAUAUUCACUCGGCGUUGGGAGACCUAGACUUUGUCUUCGUCUACUUAGACGACAUUCUUAUCGCUUCCACGUCUGAAGAAGAGCACCAGAAGCACUUAGACAUAGUGCUCAAUCGCCUCAACGAGUACGAGCUGCAGGUAAACCUGGAGAAAUGCAGUCUCGGGGUUUCAGAACUCCUUUUUCUGGGUCACCUCAUCACGCCUAACGGUUUCAAACCUAACCCAGAGAAAGUUAAGGCGAUUCAAGAAUUUCCAUUACCACGGACCAUCGAAGAAUUAAGAAGAUUCUUAGGUCUUGUGAACAGCUAUAGGCGUUUACUCGCGCACGCUGUCGAGAAACAACGCCCUCUUAAUGAAUUCUUGAAAGGUGCCAAGAAGAAAGACAAACGCCCAGUUCCCUGGACUCCGGAAGCUGAGGCUGCUUUCCGCAAAUGCAAAGAGGAUCUCAUCAACUUAGCUUUCACAGCUUUUCCCAGUGAAAACGCUGAACUGCGCCUCAUCACAGAUGCUUCCGAUACCGCAAUGGGAGCGGCCCUCGAGCAACACUCGGAUGAUGCCUGGCAACCCUUGGCAUUCUUCUCGCAGAAGUUCUCUCCUGCGCAAAUGAAAUACGCCACUUAUGACAGGGAACUAACGGCAAUUUAUGAAGCAAUUCGUUACUUCUAUCACUAUCUUGAAGGAGCAGAAUUUAAAAUUUAUACGGAUCACAAGCCUUUGAUCUACGCUCUUCAGCAGAGCCACGACAAAAUGCCAGCAAUUCGCUCUCGCAGAUUGUCAUAUAUCGCCCAGUAUAACACGGAGAUUCUUUAUCUCCCAGGGGAGGAGAAUGACGUUGCUGACGCACUGUCAAGAAUCAACGCUUUCACAUCUCCUGCAUUUUUCAACUGGAGCGAUCCUGAACUCUUGGCUGAUCUACAAGUCAGGGAAGUCCUCGCUAACAUCAACGCUUUCAACCUCCCAACACUGUUCGACGCCAAACAACUCAGCGAGGAACAGGGAAAGGACGAAGAGCUAAAAGAAAUUCUGCAAACGCCGGACCACCCCUUAAAGCUGCGCAAACUUACGUGGGGAUCCGAGCACGCAGCAUUUUACUGCGACAUCUACGAGGACGUCAUUCGUCCAUACCUUCCCAAGAAAUUGAGAAAGGAAGUUUUUAACAACUUUCACUAA